UCAGGAGGAGGAUGCAGGCUGAUGUCAACAGCGUCCCUGCAGCAUAUGCAUGGGGAGCUCUUCAGACAGGUUCGUCCUUCACUGUCUGCCAUGGCAUCAAGCCAAGGGGCAACUGAGUGAGCAUGAAUUUAAGGAAAGUGGCACUGCAACUGCUUUGGAAUGAUGUAAUAAGUGAGCUUCAACCCUGGCUGUGCAGUGGAAUCUUAAGUGGAAAACGUAUGGGGUUGUGAAUGACUUCUUUUCCGACUGUAUUACAAGAAAGCCAGAAUGGGCACCGUCUGGUUGGGCCAGAGAGGGAAGACGCCGCUCGGGGCCACAGGGCAGGGCCGCGGCAUCACGAACCUUGAGCGGCUGCGCAGCCAGCCUGGGCCGUGCCCCGCGCGCCGGGCUGCAGUCUGCGGGCCGCCGCCAGGGGGAGCCCCGCGGCGGGAGCGCGGCCUGCGCCGCCGGCCUUUGUUCUGCUGGCCGAGCCGGGAGCGUAAGGAGCUGCUGCGGCCGGCGAGAUGCGUCAUCCGUUCCCGCCGCAGGCGACCAGCAGGCAUCCGGGCCGGUCUGAAUCGCAGUCAGUCGUUGGGGCGGCAUUCACACCGCCUGGGGCUCUGCGCCUCCGCCUCAGCCCACGAACCCAGCCUGCGACGGGAAUGCCGGCGCGGGGUCCCCAACGGCAGGGCCGUGAAGUCUGGGCGCCGAGGGGAUGGGGACAGGGACACGUGGGGGGUGGGGGUAGGGGUGCACGGAGGGCGGGCUGGAAGGACCAAGACAAAGGCUGCGGAGCGUGCGAGCGUGAGGGAGAGGUGGCGGGGGCGCAGUGUGUGCGUGAGGGAGGCUGAGCUGGGGGCACGGGGAAAGAGGCAGCUCGGCGCAGGGAGUCCCGGGGUGCAGCGCCGAAGGCCGUCCCCAGGGAGAGGCACGUGCCCUUCGGGAGGUGCCCUGCCUAUAGGUGCUGCGGACUGGUGGGGACAGGGCACCGCAGCGGAAGGCAGGGCACACCUGACAGCAUGUCUCCUCGGGGACCCUCUUUCCGGGAGAAUCCGGGGGCCGAAACUUCCUUCGGACAGGCCCUCCGCUUACCUCAGUAGCUUAUCUGCGGAGUGGCGGCUCUCCCAGAAGAAACUGAUCUAA